GCCAUCGCACACUUGCUUCAAACAUCUGGCUUCGUUUGCUUUCAUAAACACAAUACCUUCUUUUUUUCUUUUAGUUAGAAUAAACACAAAACCUUCUUCAUCUAGUUUUUAAAAUCUUUGGUUCUUUUGAAGAUUUUUUUUUCUUUUCAAGAUACCUUUCUUCGAAUAAGAUUGAAAAAGAUGGGGAGAAGACCAUGCUGUGAGAAAUUGGGACUGAAGAAAGGGCCGUGGAGUGCUGAAGAAGAUCGAAUCUUGAUUAGUCACAUUCGUCUCCAUGGUCAUCCUAACUGGAGAGCUCUCCCUCAGCUAGCUGGGCUACUUCGGUGCGGAAAAAGUUGCAGGCUUCGUUGGAUUAAUUAUUUGAGACCAGACAUCAAACGUGGCAACUUCACUCCUCAAGAAGAAGAAACUAUCAUCAACUUGCAUCAAAGCUUAGGCAACAGAUGGUCUGCUAUAGCUGCAAAAUUACCGGGAAGAACAGACAACGAAAUAAAAAAUGUGUGGCACACUCAUCUAAAGAAAAGAAUCCAGCAUAAUCAAGAUCAGAAUAUCAGCGAAAAGAUUUGCGACAAUGAUGAACAACUCGUCUCAGUUAUGGAUGAAAAGAGGCCAAGCUCUCCGCAACAACAGUCUAGCAGUAGUACCAACAUUUCAGCGGUUACAACCUCGAGCAACAAUAACGACGUGUCCAAUAACAGCAGCAAAGACUCUGCUACGUCACCAGAAGAUGUUCUUCCAUUGAUAGAUGAGAGCUUUUGGUCAGAAGUUGUAUCGAUGGAUUGCAACAUUUCGGGAGUUGAGAAUAGAGAGAUAAAGUUAGAGGAUUGGGAGAGUUCAUCAUUAGAUAGCAAUAUUAAGGGAUAUAACCAUGACAUGGAGAGUUGGUUUGAUAAUCUUCUCACUAGUAAUCUUACAACUGGAGAAAAUUCCGAUAUUUUCUGAGUUUUGAAUUGUUUUAUUAAGCUAGUUAAGACUUAAAAUCUUCGUUUGUGUCCCACAUGAAUAAAAAUGUUUUACGUUUCCUAUAUCA